AUUCAUGUAUCAUUUUAUAGUAUUCUAAAAUCGAAUUUUUUAUCAUUUAUCAUGAAUUCACAAUGUUUAUUAAUAUUUAAUAAUUUAAAAAUUAAUAUGUCAUAGUAUAAAAUUUGUAUUUAUUGAAUGAUAAAUAUGGUUCAAUUUAUUAUAACGGGUUAAUUUAAUUUGUUACUGAAAGACAAAACAAGUAGGUACAGUGAUCACUUCAAUUCAAUAUACAUUAUGAUGAGGUGGUCAAGAAUGCCAAGACACUUUAUGUCUGUUGUACGAAUGCAGUCUUCCAGUAUAACUACUACCAAACUAGUUCGUCUUGAUGAAUCAAAAGUUAAUAAUAAUAUUGUAGCAGCAGCUUUUGAAUCAUUAAAAGAAAUUGAUAAUGUUAAAUCAAAAAAAUCAUCCUUCUAUAUUAUUAAUAAUAAAAUUGAUAAUGCUACCACAGUCGAAGAAAUAUUGGCAAUAUCUGAAAUAGGAUUAGUUUCUAAACAACAUGCGCUAAAAGCUGUAUCUACUUUAGCUGAAUGGGCUAGUUCUGGUCGAGUAAAAUUAUCAGAAUUUGAAACUGAUAUAAGAUUUCUAAAGUUAUGCAGAAUGUUGGGGAAAGAAAACACAAAAGAAAAAGAAUAUUUGUUUAGUGAUCUGUCUACAGUCCUUGGCAUUACAGGAGAUGAUGAAGCUGCUAAAUUAAUCUCUUCAAUUAGUUUGCCACAAAUGGUCAAAGUAUUGUCCACUAUUGGCGCUAAGAAAAAACGUUCAACAACUUUAUUGCGAUCACUAGCAUUUAAUAUUGGAAGAUGUUCUGAAAAGAUGGAUAUUAAACAAUGCGCUGAUGUGCUUUAUGCUUUAGCUGUACUUAAUUUUCCUGAUGAAGUACUUUUAGAAAAAGUGAAUGCAGAUAUACGUAAUAAUAUGUCUACAACUGAUCGGCUUUCGGUUAUUGGAUCUAUAGUAACAAGUAUUGGAAUUUUACGAUACCGAGAUCCAGAUUUACUGGAAUCCUUAUCAACAUGGUUGGAAAAACAUAUUCAUGAAUGUAAACAGCAUAUACUAAUUUCAUAUUUAUUAACAUUAGCAUAUGUUAAUUACAAACCUAAUAAUAUGGAUAACAUAAUUCAAGCUUUCAAAAGUACAAAGCAAUAUCAAGAUGUUGGCAAUUUAAACACAUGGCUAGAUGUUAUUUGGAGCUUAGUAGUAUUAGAAAAAGCAGACAAUGAACAUUUAGCAUCGGUUUUAUCAUCCGAUUUUAUUUCUAAUCUUAUGAAACUAAAAGGUAACAGAGUUGUAUCAAUAAAAUUACUCAAUAUAAACGGAUAUGCUAAAACCAAAUUAGAUUAUAAAGGACCAUUACUAGAUUUGGAUUCUGAGUUUUUCAAAUUUGAACUAGCGAGAUCAAAAGACAAACAAGUCUUAAUGACAACAUUGAUAGAUUCUUUAUCAAUCAUGUUUCCAUCAGAAAAUUUUGUGAGAACUGAUGUUAAAACUGAUUUUGGGUUUAUUAUUGAUGCAGAAUGUGCUGUUGAUUCAAAAUUAAACCCUAUACCACUUGAUAGUUCCAAGAUGAAAAAUCCAGAAACACAUUUAAUAGCUUUUAUGUUGACUGGGUUUCAUGAUACCUGCCGUGGCUGUCACAAUGAACCUAAUGGAAUUUCAGCACUGAACACGCGGCUAGUUCGCUCUCUUGGCUACAAGGUACUAGCUGUUCCCUACACAGAACUAAGCACUCGAGACACAUUAGUUAACAGUGUUCAAUACCUAAAAGAAAGUCUUAAAAAUUUGUUAAGUGAGCCCUAGUAUAAAUAGUUCUGUAUUUGUAUGUUUUAUUGUUUGUAUCUUAAUUAAAUUGAUAUAUUUAAAAUCACA